GCAGACGUGCCAACAGGCUAUGCCUAACUACACAUGGGGAUCUGUUCUCACCAGGAAAGGGGGAGUGUGUGUUGGUGUUCUGUGUAUCAAAACCAAUAGACUGGUUAGGGGAACAGAAGUCUUUUCCUGAGGUGGUUUGAUUAUCUUCUGGCCAUAUCAUUCUCUUUAGUGAUUCUCCUUUCAUGCCAUUUGUGUUUUAAUACAUUGCUCUUACAGCAGAAAGAUAGACAUUGAAUUAUCACAGUGCUACACAAUCUAAACGUAUUCCUCUUCAAACAAUUCAAACAGCUGAUCUUUCUCCAUUUAUGACCAUUUUGAAACAGCUAUACAGCUAUACGACAAAAUCUCUGUCACCAUCAGAACACAACCAAUCACAACCCUCUCUCAAUCAGAACACAACCAAUCACAACACAACCCUCUCCCAGUCAGAACACAACCAAUCACAACACAACCCUCUCUCAAUCAGAACACAACCAAUCACAACACAACCCUCUCUCAAUCAGAACACAACCAAUCACAACACAACCCUCUCUCAAUCAGAACACAACCAAUCACAACACAACCCUCUCUCAAUCAGAACACAACCAAUCACAACCCUCUCUCAAUCAGAACACAACCAAUCACAACCCUCUCUCAAUCAGAACACAACCAAUCACAACACAACCCUCUCUCAAUCAGAAAACAACCAAUCACAACACAACCCUCUCUCAAUCAGAACACAACCCUCUCUCAAUCAGAACACAACCAAUCACAACACAACCCUCUCUGUCAGAACACAACCAAUCACAACCCUCUCCCAGUCAGAACACAACCAAUCAUAACACAACCCUCUCCCAGUCAGAACACAACCAAUCACAACCCUCUCUCAGUCAGAAAACAACCAAUCAAAACCCUCUCUCAGUCAGAACACAACCAAUCAUAACACAACCCUCUCUCAGUCAGAACACAACCAAUCAAAACCCUCUCUCAGUCAGAACACAACCAAUCACAUCCCUCUCUCAGUCAGAACACAACCAAUAACAACCCUCUCUGUCAGAACACAACUAAUCACAACCCUCUCUCAGUCAGAACACAACCAAUCACAACCCUCUCUCAGUCAGAACACAACCAAUAACAACCCAGCCCUCUCAGUCAGAACACAACCAAUCACAAUCCUCUCUCAGUCAGAACACAACCAAUCACAAUCCUCUCUCAGUCAGAACACAACCAAUCACAAUCCUCUCUCAGUCAGAACACAACCAAUCACAACCCUCUCUCAGUCAGAACACAACCAAUCACAACUCUCUCAGUCAGAACAAAACCAAUCACAACCCUCUCUCAGUCAGAACACAACCGUACUGUAUCACUUCCGGUACAGGAUGACCUCCCAAACAGCACAGCAACCUUCCUUCCUUCCAGCCAAACCCCAGCCCUCCUUACACCGGCCCCAAUGACUUCACUUACCCAAUGAAAUCAUUCCCAAUUAAGGAGUGACUGAAGAAACCUUUCUAAUCUGUGAAGAGAUCGCUGCAAAUAUGACUUUACUCACACGGUUGUUUGUUGACCAACUGACAGACCUUCCCACUUGACACUAACUUGUUUUGGAACGAUCUUUCGGGGGAAACAUCCACGUUGCAAACAAAGCUUCAACUUGACAUCCAAAAGAGUUUCAAAGAAACACAAAGCAACACUGUACACUGUACUAAUUAAUGUACCAACCCUGUACAUCAGUAAUCAGUGUAAUGAAUGUACCAACCCUGUACAUCAGUAAUCAGUGUAAUUAAUGUACCAACCCUGUACAUCAGUAAUCAGUGUAAUGAAUGUACCAACCCUGUACAUCAGUAAUCAGUGUAAUUCAUGUACCAACCCUGUACAUCAGUAAUCAGUGUAAUUAAUGUACCAACCCUGUACAUCAGUAAUCAGUGUAAUUCAUGUACCAACCCUGUACAUCAGUAAUCAGUGUAAUUAAUGUACCAACCCUGUACACCAGUAAUCAGUGUAAUUAAUGUACCAACCCUGUACAUCAGUAAUCAGUGUAAUUAAUGUACCAACCCUGUACACCAGUAAUCAGUGUAAUUAAUGUACCAACCCUGAACAUCAGUAAUCGGUGUAAUUUAUGCGCUGCUGAUUGGUCAAAUUGGCCAAUAUAAAACAAACAUAUCCCGCCCAAAAACUUGAUGAAGGACUCUUUGUCUGUGUAAUGAGAUCUUCUGGCCUAGUUUAACUUUCUAACUUUGUGUUGUUUGUGUGCGUGUGUGCGUGCGUGUGUGUGUGUGUGUGUGUGUGUGAGUGAGUGAGAGAGGAAGAGAGAGAGAGAGAGAGGGAAAGAAAGAAAGAGAGAGAGAGAGAGAGAGAGAGAGAGAGAGAGAGAGAGAGAGAGAGAGAGAGAGAGAGAGAGAGAGAGAGAGAGAGAGAGAGAGAGAGUGUUUUGGGGAUUGAAUUGGAUAGCGUGUACCCUUGUGUUUCAGGUGUGAAGUGUUUUGUGGAUUCAACAGGAUUGUGUGUCCCCCCUUGUGUUUCAGGUGUGUGACUCUGACACUAUGCUGGAUCCUGCGUCCUCUGUGGAGAUGGUGAAGGUUCUGGAGGAAGACCCCAUGGUGGGAGGAGUGGGAGGAGACGUCCAGAUCCUGAACAAAUACGAGUCCUGGAUCUCAUUUCUUAGCAGCGUCCGUUACUGGAUGGCCUUCAACAUCGAGCGAGCGUGUCAGUCCUACUUCGGCUGCGUCCAGUGUAUCAGCGGACCACUGGGAAUGUACAGGAACAACUUGCUCCACGAGUUCAUAGAGGAUUGGUACAACCAGACCUUCAUGGGCAGCCACUGUAGCUUCGGCGAUGACCGCCACCUCACCAACCGCGUGCUGAGCCUGGGCUACGCCACCAAGUACACGGCCCGGUCCAAGUGCCUGACCGAGACCCCCAUCACCUACCUGCGCUGGCUGAACCAGCAGACCCGGUGGAGUAAGUCUUACUUCAGAGAGUGGCUCUACAACGCCAUGUGGUUCCACAAACACCACCUCUGGAUGACCUACGAGGCUGUCAUCACCGGGUUCUUCCCCUUCUUCCUCAUCGCCACGGCGAUACAGCUGUUCUACCAGGGGAGGGUCUGGAAUAUCCUUCUCUUCCUGUUGAUCGUCCAGGCGGUCGCCCUCAUCAAGUCCUCCUUUGCCUCUUGCAUGAGGGGCAACAUCGUCAUGGUCUUCAUGUCCUUCUACUCAGUGUUGUACAUGUCCAGUCUGCUACCGGCCAAGAUGUUCGCUAUCGCCACCAUAAACAAGGCUGGCUGGGGCACGUCAGGGAGGAAGACGAUCGUGACUAACUUCGUAGGGCUCGUUCCCAUAUCGGUCUGGUUCACCAUCCUCUUCCUUGGCAUUAUCUAUACGGUUGUCCAGGAAACCAGAAAAGAUUUUCCUUUUCCAGACUCUGAAAAGAUAGUCUUAAUCGUUGGUGCGAUAGUGUACGCCAGCUACUGGGUCAUGCUCUUGACGUUGUACAUGGUACUGAUCACUAAAUGUGGCAAGAGGAAGAAAGAACAGCAGUAUGAUAUGGUGCUGGAUGUAUGACAUCUUCCUCCUUUCCUCCUCCUCCUCCCCCUCCUCCUCCACUGAAACUCCUCGAUUGGGUCUUAAACGCCACUCUAUUUCCUGUGUAGUGCACUACUUUUGACCAGGGUCCAUACAGGGUUCUGGUCAAAAAGAGUAACAGACUUUUUCCGGAUCAGGGUGCAGUUCGAGACGCAGACAUUCUCCCUCUCAACGUUUACAAAGUGAAGAAUCUCAAACUGCUCAUUGAUUGUUGGACUCUCGGCAGGUGACGUGAAGUGACGAUGCCAGAAGAGCGAUAUCAUUGCUGCUGCGACUGACUGCAACAAGAAACUUCAGAUAUUUCCUUCUGAAAUAUUAUGAUGAUGAGGUAAAAAACCACUUGUUGGUGAUGUGUUUUGCCAAAUGGAAAACCACCAAAUGGACAUCCUGUUUUUUCCACAUAGAUACACAGAGAUGAUAUGCAUAAUGUCCUAUGCACUUUUACGUCUCACUCCCAUUGUGCAUAAUGCUUGACAGAGUCAUUUGAAGAUGAAAUACCUCAGUGGUUAUGCUUUUCAUUGUAUGAGUGAGUGAUCGGGAUGCACCCAGAAAAUGGCUCGUUCUUGAUUAUAACAUAAUUUAUGAUGUUUUUUGGUCAUAUUUGUUCUCUCUUUUUUAUACACAGUUGUUAAUGAAAGUCAAAGCUGGAAUUUCUCAGUUCUUUGGCCAUGCUGUAUCUGUUGACUUGUUACUUUGUAAUUUACACAUUAUAUUUUAAUGCCUUUUUAUAUAGACUUUUUUAAAUUCUAUUUUUGCUUUAAUAAACACCAAAGAUUCUUUAUUUUCAUUCAUUUUUUAUAUAAAAUGGAGAGAAAAAAAUGCAUUGUGCAUUCAACUGUGUGUAUCUGACCAAAAAUGUGAAGUUAACAGCUGGGUUUUUGUCUGCAAUGAUAACAAUAAAAUGCAAUUCUAGGGAUAAGUUAUUGAAUACAAGAAGGGUGAUUAACCUGUGUUUUUUUUAUGUACAUUGAAAGAAAACCAGCAAUAUUUAUAAGAACAUUCUGUGGUUUAUAGAUAAUGAUAUAUUUGAUGAUAUACAUUUCAUAAUAGACCUUAUAGAGACCAUCGUUGGUUGUGGAGAGGUAGCCGUUCUGCAGGAUUUUGCUCCAGCCCUAAUCUUAACAUAGCCUUUCGCAAAUCUAAAUUAGCAAGACAGCACAAACAGAUCUGGGACCAGGCUAGCUCUAACACACUCUCAUCUACUGAUCAGCACAAACUGAUCUGGGACCAGCCUAGCUCCAACACACUCUAAUUUACUGAUCAGCACAAACUGAUCUGGGACCAGGCUAGCUCUAACACACUCUAAUCUACUGAUCAGCACAAACAGAUCUGGGACCAGGCUAGCUCUAACACACUCUAAUCUACUAAUCAGCACAAACUGAUCUGGGACCAGACUAGCUCUAACACACUCUAAUCUACUGAUCAGCACAAACUAAUCUGGGACCAGGCUAGCUCUAACACACUCUAAUCUAAUGAUCUGCACAAACUGAUCUGGGACCAGGCUAACUGUUACUGCAGGGCAGGAGCAAAAGCCUGCCACGCAGUAUCUCUUCAGGCGGCGGUUUUGACCACCUCUUGCCUUACUGUAGGACUUCCUGAAAUAGGAUUCAAGGUUUCAUACGAGUUCACAUGAGGACAUUCGUCACAUGAUGCAUUCUGAAAAUUGUAUAAACAAUGCGUUAAUCCACAUCAGAUUAAAAUCCCAAAAGAUACAUUUUCGCAAAAAUGUAAUGAUCUAUUCCAGAGUAUUGAUUAUUGAUUAUUGACUCUUUAGAGAGUUUAAGAACACAUUUUAAUCCAUUUUAUUAGAAUUGAUCAGACCGAAUAUUGAACCGUGACUUUGGGAUCAUGGGUAGUAUUAUCCUGAAGCACUUUUGUGUUGUGCCAAAAAAUAAAUAAAUAAUGUCUUUCUAUG